AUGGGCGCGAGUGACUCAAAGCUCGUUUUUAAACGAGGCAUCUUUCGGUUAUCCGAAGAACGACAUAUACCCGCCGAUGAUGCCUACUGGACCUCUUUCUGGGAGCUUCCUGAGUCCUCCGAGGACGUAUUCAGUUUAUUCACACCUGCAGAUAUCCGAAGGACUCGCGAUCGUGCUCUCGAAAACCUAGAAACUCUCAUCCUCGCUGUCACUUCUCGCCUAUUCAUACUACGUCAUCACCCAUCGUUCCCUGACCCCGAACUCGCUCCAGAGCGCGAGGCAUUGAACUGCGUCCGGGUCCUGACUAGGAUAUUGCCUUACUUAUAUGAGAAGGAAUCUCUAAGCGAUUGGGAACAGCAGUUCUUCUGGGCUCAACGGAGACAGCGGACUCGACAGGCUGCCAUUGCGAACGAAAUCCUCUUCGACGAAGCCCAAGAAGCUGAACACAAAGCCGAUCCCACCCAAUUCGAGGAGGUCAAGCCACUUGCGGAGGAAUUGGUUGAUACAUUGGUGGAUCUUCUCUUCUUUUCUGACUUGACGUUACCACGUCAGGCAAAUGGACGACCCAAAGUCAGCUAUGCGAUCUGGCAGAGCGGCGUAGGUUGCAAUACAGCCGUCGCAACAACGAAGGAGUAUGAAAGCAAUCGAUCAGAGAUUCUACGGCUUCUUCUGACCCUCGCUGGUCAGAGCAUGUACAUGACAGCCGGUGUCCUUCCACAGAACGGCGUGCGCACAUUGACCCAUCUCUGUGCUUGCCCGGACAAGCAAGUGGUACUCUCAGUGCUCUGCUCUCUACUCAAUACGACAUUAAAAUAUAAUCCUGCAACCUGGCGGGUGCCCUACAACACCCUUGUAUUCAAGGAUGGCAAGCAGAUGCUUGUCACUUACUCACUGCAGUUCCUCUUGGUGCUCCUACUGUAUCCAAUUCCCGAAAGCCCAUCUAACCCAUCACCCAAAAACUCUUACCGUCAUUUUCUAGGUCGGCUGCAUCGGCCUCAAGACUUUCAAUUCAUUGUUGAUGGGAUGACUCGGAUCCUAAACCAGCCUCUUCAGGAGAAGACUUCUUAUCUGCCGGGUACUCAGUCUGCCGGUCACUUCGCUCCCGAAAUACUUAUGUUGUUUUGGGAGAUCCUCCAAUGUAACAAAAGGUUCCGAUCCUUCAUCGUAGACACCGAGAGAGCGCACGAUUUUGUUGUACUCGCCCUAUUCUAUGCCCUAGAGUACAAAAGCGAUGCCACCAAGCAGGGAGUUGUGCGAAUGUGCGCCUUUUUACUUCAGACUCUAAGCGUGGAGACGAAUUUCGGUGUCAACUUGAACAAGUACUUCGAAGGACAAGAGAGCUUGCCAGUUUCGAUUCGCGUGCCGGGCUUUAGGGGCACAUAUGCCGACUUUCUCAUACAUUCCAUCUACAAUCUGAUUACAACAAGCCAAGGAAAGCUGUCAGCGAUUUACCCAGCUUUGUUGGCGGUGAUUAACAACAUUGCCCCUUACCUUGAGGGUCUGAGUAGCGCCAGCAGCUCCAAACUGAUGCAGCUGUUCUCUUCCAUGUCGUCACCUUCGUUUCUUCUCGCGAAUGAGACCAAUUACACUCUGCUGCACUCGCUUUUAGAGUCAAUCAACUCCAUUCUGGAGAACAAGUACCGCAAAAAUCCUGAACUUGUGCUUGCUAUUCUCAAGAAUAAAAAGCGAGUCGAAGCCUUGCGAUCAUUUACACUAGAGAGUGGACAACAAGAAAUUGAGAGAAGAAACAGGAGAAGAAAGGAUUCUGGACAGCAUGCUGACGCAUUAGAGCCUACUUCUGUUCGCAGCUCAGUCGACAGCCUAAGAAGUCCUAGCAGCGCUCAUCCACGCCACUCAUCGCUAGAGGAAGUUCCGGAAGAUGGCGCAUUCGCAAUUGGAGACGACGACGACGACGAUGAAAGUGAAGACGAGGAGCACCAAGAGACCCCUGCACGAUCGACGUCGAGUGAAGCACCCUCCCGGAGAUCAUCCACCCCCAAUGCUGAGGAUGCUGUCCCAACUCAGUUGAGGGGAAUGUCUGAAAAGGCUCGCGGUAAGAUGCCUGCCGGCGUCCCGAGCUUUUCACGACAAAACAGCACAACAAGUUUGGGUGGACAUUCGAUAUCGGGGCAAUCACAAGCUGGCGCAUUCGAGCCAACUGCUCAGUGGAUCGACAGCUGGUUACUUGAAUUGCCCCUUCAUACAAUCCUAGCAGUCAUUCAACAAGUCUCAGCUCUGCUGCCACGCCAAGAACUGGCUGUUGAUGUCCCGACACCAGAAACGCUACGGCGGAUCUCAGGCGUUGAGAUUGUCGGUAUCGAACCUUCAGACCCUCGUGUGCACUCAUUUGAAUGGUCUCAGCUUGCCUUGGGCUGGUAUGAGUCCCUCUUGUGGGGAGUCAUAUUUACAAACGAGAUGCAAGUAUCGAGAGGAACCAUGGGUAUUUGGAACGGGACCUCUAUCAAGCUGUUUCGAGUCCAAGAAACAGCUCCAGAAGGCCCAACUCUAACUUCGCCCCGAGGUGCUGUUGACGCAGUUGGCAGCAACAUAGUGUCGCGAAUAGGGCAGAUCAACCUUCGAGGCGGACCGCAAGGGAGUAGUCAGCCCCCGCCACGGAAUGGCUGA